ACUUUGGGGGUCCCUAUGUUGCUCCUCCCACUGCCCCUCAUCAGCCCCACCUCGGUUGCACGCUGUGGCUACACCAUCCUUCUGAUGGCGCUCUACUGGUGCACUGAGUGUUUACCACUGGCGGUGACGGCCAUGUUGCCGGUGGUCCUGUUCCCCAUGAUGGGCAUCAUGCAGGCACAACAGGUGAGCAUUGAGUACCUGAAGGACACCAACAUGCUCUUCAUAGGUGGACUGGUGGUGGCCAUUGCAGUGGAGCAGUGGAACCUUCACAAGCGCAUCGCUCUGCGGGUUCUGCUGCUCGUGGGCGUACGUCCGGCGCUGCUGAUGAUGGGCUUUAUGAUGGUGUCGUCAUUCCUGUCCAUGUGGAUCAGUAACACGGCCACCACAGCCAUGAUGUUGCCCAUCGCCCAAGCUGUCCUGCAGCAGUUGAAGGCCACACAGACCAGACAGAUCCACACAGACUCCACUGAUCUCAGGGAUCGGGACCACUCCGCUUUGGAGAUGAAAACUUCCCAACGGGAAGUGAAGCAGGAUAAAGAUCAAGGCACUACGCAGGGAGAUCCAGAACAUGACCUGAACAGUGGUCCACAAGAGCAACAGGAGUCCAUGCGCCAGGAGGUGGACAGCAACUUUGAGCGUUUAUCCAAAGGCAUCAGUCUGAGCGUUUGCUACUCUGCCAGUAUCGGAGGGACCGCCACGCUCACAGGGACCACGCCCAACUUAAUCCUCAAGGGACAAGUUGACAAACUCUUUCCUGAGAACAAGGACAUCAUCAACUUUGCCAGCUGGUUUGGCUUCGCCUUCCCAAACAUGAUUCUUAUGCUGCUGCUCUCUUGGCUCUGGCUGCAGUUCAUGUUCCUCGGUUUCAACUUCCGCCAGACAUUUGGCUGCGGCUCAUCGAACAGUCGCGACCAUGAGGCGUAUGCCGUCAUAAAGGAGGAGUACAGAAAGUUAGGGAACAUGAAGUUUGCUGAAGGGGCAGUUCUGGGUGCCUUUAUCCUGUUGGUGCUUCUUUGGUUCACCCGAGACCCGGGCUUCAUUGACGGAUGGGCUAGUGUUCUCUUCAACAAGAAGGGCCCCUUCGUGUCAGAUGGAACGGUUGCUAUCUUCGUUUCCUUGCUCUUCUUUCUCAUUCCCUCGCGGCUGCCUAGCUGCAAAGGCUACGGUCAUGAUGAUACGGGUGCGAGGGUGACUGCUCCUGCCACGCUGCUCACCUGGCAGGUGGUCCAGGAGCACAUGCCCUGGAACAUUGUGCUGCUUCUGGGGGGAGGCUACGCGCUCGCCACAGGAAGUGAGGUGUCAGGUUUAUCAACAUGGCUAGGCAACAGUUUGGCGCCGUUGAAAAAGAUCCCGGCUUUCGCCAUCUCGUUACUACUGAGCCUUCUGGUUGCCACGUUCACCGAGUGCUCCAGUAACGUGGCCACCACCACGCUGUUCCUGCCCGUCCUGGCAUCUAUGGCUAUUAGCAUAAAGCUCCACCCACUUUAUGUGAUGCUUCCCUGCACCAUUGCCGCCUCGCUGGCCUUCAUGUUGCCUGUGGCCACGCCACCCAAUGCCAUCGCCUUCUCCUAUGGGAACCUCAGAGUCAUGGACAUGGUCAAAGCUGGUUUCAUGCUGAACAUCAUCGGAAUUCUGACCAUCAAUUUGGGCAUCAACACGUGGGGAUACGUCAUGUUUGACAUGGACACUUUCCCCACCUGGGCCAACGUCUCACAACCGUAACCCCAAAGGACGAACAAAAUAACAUAAGAACACACGUAUAGCAAUCAGAUUUUUCGGACAAAGAUAAACAUGGGAACAAUAACUGUGAAACUUUUGAUCUUCUUGUAAAUGUGAAAAAUGUGGUUACUCUUUGAAUUAUUCCUUCAUUUAAGUUGUGAUUUUGUUUUUAUAUGUAAAGGUUAGGUGCGGCGAACUGAUUGCCUGCCAAGCAUUUUUUAGAGCAAGUGUGACUAAAUUUUCAAGAGCAACAAAAUAUUGAGUUCUGUAACAUACCAAACCCACGAAAACAAAGAGUAGACACAAUUUUUUCAGGAUAAAGUUGUUAUUGUUUCUAUUAUUUUCUGGUGAUUAGUAAUCAUCGGUAGAACAAAAUUGAGCAACAUACAACAAAAACAUGACUGAUUCCAUAUUUUCCAUGGACGAAUAAUAAUUUACAAUUAGUAUACAGUUGAAAACUAUAGCUGAAUUUCAGUGGCUUUCAUUAACUUUUUCAUAUAUUUUGUUUUACAAUCACGAUACACGCUUUCUACUACCUAUUGUGACAUAUACUCUAUUUAUACCAAUCAUAUUAUAUACUUUGUUGGACCUACAAAUGAUACGACAAAACAAUAUUAAACUAAUCUCCAAUCUUUAUCAUCUAUUUAAAAACUGUGCUGGUGUACAAUCCAAAGCGAUGCAACAGCACCAUCUAGCAAUAUUUGUUCAACAUUACAGUUAUUUCGAAUUCUGAAUUUCACAGACAGGUUUCUAUGUCUCCAAUUUUAAAAGAUUCUUCAUAAAUGUUUACAUCAUAGAUUCCAAUAGUUCAUUAGUAAAUGAGCGAGGAAGUAGCAAAUAAGAAAUGAUAACAUUUGAGGGAAUAUAUUUUAUAUAAUUGUACGUACCGUAUUGGCCCGAAUAUAAGACGGCCCUGAUUAUAAGACGACCCCCUCUUUUUCAAGACUCAAGUUUGAAAAAAGACUUUUUGAACACCAAAUUAUUUUUUAUACAGAAAAUAAUUACAGUACAGCCGAAACAAAUGAUUAUAACAAUAUAUUUGAGAGAAAAAGCAUGAUAUUUUGCCUCAUUCAAAUCUUAAUAUCUGAACAUUUAAAUAUGUAAACUAAAGUGCAAUCACAUUCGGAAAUAAAUGGCUUCUGGUUUUUGAAAUGUAAAUAAACCAAUCUAUUGUGAUAAAACAACUGGCAUCAACAAGGCAUUUCCGCCCACAGAACUGCCGCUCACUGGAUAUUUUUUCUUUUUUGAACCAUUCUCUGUAAACCCUAGAGAUGGUUGUGCGUGAAAAUCCCAGUAGAUCAGCAGUUUCUGAAAUACUCAGACCAGCACUUCUGGCACCAACAACCAUGCCACGUUCAAAGUCA